AUCAUAGAUAAGAGGUGUAGGUGGCAGUAAUGCCACAUUUAUUGGAUGCCAACCGCGGUUAAACCUCAUCGUAGAAGAAAAAAAUAUAUAUUCUUAAAAUUUGAUUUUAAACCUAUCCACACGGUUAACCUUAUGCCUAACCCUAAAUUAAGAUUUAAAAGCACAUUUUUGUUUUCAUACAUUUGUAUAAAAAUUAUACGAUAUAUAUCCCAUUUUGACUUUGUGGCUGUGCUAUCUAGUGGAAAGCAUCACAAUAGGAGUAGCCAGGUAGCUACGUUGUGUAACUUCGCGAUUUAUGUAACAGGAUGCCAGUAGAAGAUACUGAGGACCAGGUUCCUAUUUCCCUCUCCAACCCGGCGAGUGCUGCUCUCACCCCGGGAGGAAUGGAGGAGGAUGGGGCCAACAGAGGAACCGCUGGAUGCUCAAUCUCCAUCACUGGGACCAGCCAGGGGGACGCUGAGCAGCCAGCAAUGGCCUGCCCAGAUAGCACUGGAUCUGGGGAGGGUAGCAGUGCCAUUAAGAAGUCUGGAGCCCUGCUACACAUUGACCGUCAGCGUAUCCAGGCUGUGAGUGCCAGCUCCGGGGCUGCAGAGCUGCAGGGUCUGGGUGUCGCCGUGUACGACCAGGAUGUGUUGGAGCAGGGGGUCUUGCAGCAGGUGGACCAGGCCAUACACGAGGCCAGCCAGGCUGCAGCCAAGGCCGAGGCAGAGAAGGAGUACCAGUCUGUACUGGACGAUGUCAGGUCAUGUAUGGCAGCUCUGAAGCACAUUAAUAAGAUCAUAGAACAGCUGACUCCCUACGCUACUUCCAGUAAAGACAUUAACAGGAAGAUGGAGUCUGUCAGACGGCAGAAAGAGAACAAGGAGAAGCAAUUGAAGAAGAUCAGAGCAAAGCAGAGGAGACUACAGGCCAUCCUGGGGGGAGAGGACACACAGAAGAUAGAGGCUGAGCUACUGCUGGAGGACGAUGGGGACGAAGAGCCCGGCCCGUCUGCUCUGGGCAGUAUGCUGAUGCCGGCACAGGAGACGGAGUGGGAGGAGCUAAUCCGGACGGGUCACAUGACACCGUUUGGAACGAGGGUCCCUCAGAAGGAGGAGAAGAAGGAACCACGCAAGUUCAUGCUGUCUGAAAACUCUGGCUUCGACGCUUACCUGGCAGACCAAGCUAAGAUGGCGGUGGACAGGAAGAGACCUGCACCCCUAAAGCAGAAGAAGAAGACUGCUGUGGGCAAGGAAGGGAAAAAGACCAAUGGAGCGGCUCUCCCCUCCUUCUCUGUGGAUAAGAAGCUCCAGAAGCGAAUGCGUAAGCUACAGAGAACCGCUCUGAAGGCCCACUCUAAGGCCCCGGCUAAGAGGGUCACGCCGAUCCCCAAGCCCAGGACGAAGCUUCAAGCUGGGGGCGAUGAGAUGGACAGCGAGGGGUCUGAGUACCUCCCCAGUGAUGAACUGAUGGACCCCGAGAGAGAAGAGCGGGAGGACCGAGACGAGGGCUGGGGAGAGGAGGAUGAGGUUGACUACUAUGAGUUAAAGCCCUACAGGAAGAAGAGUGAAGAAAAAGGGGGGAAGAAGGGGAAAAGGAGAGCGAGUGACGAGGAGUAUUACCCCGACAGCUCAGAGGAAGACGAGGGUUCAGGGAAAAAGGGAAAAGAGAAGAGGAAGAAAGACGACGGAGAUGUGGAGUCCUAUAAACAGAGGAUACGGAGGUGGAGGCGGCUGCGGCUGAGAGAGAGGGAGGAGAAGAGGGAGAGAGGAGAGGAGGAGAGUGACCAGAGUGACGCUGAGUUUGAUGAAGGAUUCAAAGUGCCGGGAUUCCUCUGGAAUAAACUCUUCAAGUACCAGCAGACAGGUGUGAGGUGGCUGUGGGAGCUACACUGCCAGCAGGCAGGGGGAAUCCUGGGGGAUGAGAUGGGUCUGGGUAAAACCAUCCAAGUCAUCGCAUUCCUGGCUGGCCUCAGCUACAGCAAACUACGCACACGAGGGUCCAACUACAGGUACCAAGGACUAGGUCCUACAGUGAUAGUGUGUCCAGCUACAGUCAUGCACCAGUGGGUCAGCGAGUUUCACACCUGGUGGCCCCCAUUCAGAGUGGCUGUCCUACACGACACGGGAUCCUUCACCCAAACAAAGGAGAAGUUGAUCUCAGAGAUGGCAGCGUGUCAUGGCGUCUUGAUAACGUCGUAUUCAGCCGUGAGGAUCAUGCAGGAGACCCUGCAGAGAUACGACGGCUGGCACUACGUCAUACUGGACGAGGGACACAAGAUCCGCAACCCUCACGCUGGAAUUACCACUGCCUGCAAACAGUUCCGUACUCCUCAUAGGUUCAUUCUAUCUGGAAGUCCUAUGCAGAACAAUCUGAAGGAGCUGUGGAGUCUAUUUGACUUCGUCUUCCCUGGCAAACUGGGCACGCUGCCUAUUUUUAUGGAACAGUUCUCUGUACCCAUCACCAUGGGGGGCUACAGCAACGCUUCACCUGUACAGGUCCAGACAGCGUAUAAGUGUGCGUGUGUUCUGAGGGAUACCAUUAACCCUUACCUGCUCAGACGGAUGAAAGCUGAUGUGAAGGCCAACCUCUCUUUACCUGACAAGAAUGAACAGGUUUUGUUUUGCAGGCUAACAGAGGAGCAGCGCGAGGUGUAUCAGGGCUAUCUGGACUCCAAAGUGGUCUACCAAAUACUGAAUGGAGAUAUGCAGGUGUUCGCGGGCCUGAUAGCACUGCGUAAGAUGUGUAACCACCCGGACCUGUUCUCUGGGGGUCCCAAGAUCCUGAAGGGUAUACCAGAGGACCAACUGACUGAAGAGGAACACUUUGGCUUCUGGAAACGUUCCGGCAAACUGAUGGUGGUGGAAUCACUGCUCCGACUUUGGUUUAAACAGCAACACAGAGUCCUGCUGUUCACACAGUCCAGACAGAUGUUGGGGAUAUUGGAGGUGUUUGUGAGGGAGAAUGGCUACACCUAUGUGAAAAUGGAUGGUACCACCACCAUCGCCUCCAGACAGCCUCUCAUCGCUCGAUACAACAAAGACAACUCUAUCUUUGUGUUCUUGUUGACCACCAGAGUGGGGGGGCUGGGAGUCAACCUGACCGGCGCUAACAGAGUCAUCAUCUAUGACCCCGAUUGGAACCCGAGCACAGACACACAGGCCCGAGAGCGAGCUUGGAGGAUCGGUCAGAAAAAGGAGGUGACUGUCUAUAGGCUACUGACCGCUGGGACCAUUGAGGAGAAAAUCUACCACAGGCAAAUCUUCAAACACUUCCUGACCAACCGCGUUCUGAAGGACCCCAAACAGCGACGCUUCUUCAAGUCCAACGACGUCUACGAGCUGUUUACCUUAUCUAACCCUGACGGGACGCAGGGCACUGAGACCAGCGCUAUAUUUGCAGGUACGGGUUCUGAUGUCCAAGCUCCUAAGAAGCCAGUCAGACCAAGGUCUAACCAUAGACACUCUGUAACAAAUCACAAUGUUAGCUCCACUGGAGGUGGAGCCAUCCCUUCCCCAUCGCCCCGGCCUGGAGACAGGACCACCCCCCUUCGCAGUAACAUCUUGCUCAAUAAGAACAACAGGCUGACGGACAGCCAGGAAGCCAACCAGGGCGAGGCAGAUAUUCCUAUUGGACAGUCCCAGACAGAAUGUGACACACAGCAUUCUAGGGAGGAGGGAAGCAAUGCUCAUAUACUCACAGACCCAGACAGAGACCAAAACUCCGUUCUGCCCCACAAACACAGAGACUCACCCGUGACCAGCCCAAAUCCACACAAACAUUCACACACUGACUCCGUCAGUCCCAGUACACAGAAACACCGAGACAAACACAGUCCACACAAACACAGAGACUCUCAAGGACCCGGCUCCAGUCCCUACAAACACCGGGAGAAGAGGAAGCACUGUGACUCGACAGUAGAAGGACCUAAAAACAAACACGGGAAUCAGAAACGGGCCAAGGUCGAGGGUCAUCGCAUCUCCUACCUGGUGAAGAAGAGGAGCUACAAAGGACAAGAGGAGCGCGAGGGGCAGCCGGAAAAACGGGACCAGAGACAGAGCGACGACUAUGUACUGGCCAAACUCUUCAAGAAGUCGGGUAUCCACAGUGUGAUGCAGCAUGACUCCAUCAUGGAGGCGUCGAACCCAGACUAUGUCCUGGUGGAAGCUGAGGCUAACAGAGUAGCUAAAGACGCUUUGAGAGCUCUGAAAGUCUCCAGACAACACUGUAGACUGCCCUACAACCAACCUGCCCCAGCUCCAGCCAGGAAGAGGUUUGGUCAGAAGAAGAAUCCUUUGCUGUCUGCUCCUCCUGCUACAGCUGUCCCAGUUCAGGACAAAUGCAAGGACGCUGCCAUCAUCAAGAAAACCAUCGCUAGGAAACCCAUCCCGGGGGUUCACUUCAGUGGAGAAGGGGUAGAGGUGGGAGGCUCUUCCUCUACUACGGCCCCCCUCUCUUCCUCCACUCUACUGGCCCGCAUGAAAGCUAGGAACCACCUCAGCCUGCCCCAGAGAGAAGGGGAUGAAGGAGGAGAGGAAGAGGGGGGUGCGCGUACCCCCUCAGGCCCUCCUGCCCCCCCUACGGAACACGAUGAGCUCCUGGUGGAGCUGAGAAACUUUGUGGCAUUCCAGGGAGCUGUGGAUGGACAGGCCAGCACCAAGGAGGUCCUGGACCACUUCACCCCCAGACUGACCCAGACCCAGACCCCUGUCUUCAGAGAACUACUCCGAAACAUCUGUAACUUCCACAGGGCAAAGGGGCAGGAGGGGACGUGGAGACUUAAACCUGACUACAGAUAAUGGGAGUAGGGAGAAGGGGAGAGGAGACUCACAUCUGACUACUUGCAGAGGAGGAGAAGUCUGGGUUGAUGGAGAGGAACUUGAGGCUCAAAAAAAACAUUUGACUGAGGGCGAGGAGAUGGGAAAGAGAGCACAGAGAGGGAGAAGGGGACCUGAGUUACUGUAGUAGUUGGGUUGAGGGGGUGCUAUUAAUGAAAAUGUCUUAUUAUUUUUGUUUGUUUUGUUGUUUAUACCUGGGAUCUACUUGAAUUCAGACAUUUUACAUGUAACUGACAUUGUAACUGGAAAUUGAUUACUGUUAUUGUGGCGGCAGGAAAUUAUGCAGAUGUUUUUAAUUCAAAAUAAGAGUCCCCCUACAAAGACACGUUAAACUUGGAAUAUGCCGUACAACUGUUUUUCACAGUAUUGCAACCACCUUUUAAGAAAAUGUCUUGAUCAUUUUUAUUUUUAACCCCAUAGAGACGAUUUUCACGUCUUAAUCCGCCGAUGUCGCACUUCCGCAUCUGCGGUGAAAGGUGGCAGAGCUAGAGCUGUGUUUGUCAGACCAUGAGACAUUCCAAAAUAUCGGUCUUCUCACGAAAAUGUCUGUAGCGUCCGAACGGCUUACAAACUGUUACCCCUAUAUGGAAAGAUGAAACUCACGAACACGAUGUUGUGCUCUACGACUCCCACAAGCGUUUUGGGACUCGUUUGAAGUCAGUACAGCUGAUCUGCCAACUUCUGGCUGUAGCGUCUGAACAGUUUGGGCUACACGCUAAUAUCUCUCACGAACACGUACACUACCGUUAAAAAGUUUGGGGUCACUUAGAAAUGUCCUUGUUUUUGAAAGAAAAGCAACAAAAAAAAUUGUACAUUAAAAUAAUACAGAAAAUCAGGGUAAUUACUAUUGUAGCUGGAAACGGCUGAUUUAUUUUAUGGAAUAUCUACAUAGGCCCAUUAUCAGAAACCAUCACUCCUGUGUUCCAAUGGCACGUUGUGUUAGCUAAUCCAAGUUUGUCAUUUUAAAAGGCUAAUUGAUCAUUAGAAAACCCUUUUGCAAUUAUGUUAGCCCAGCUGAAAACUGUUGUUCUGAUUUAAAGAAGCAAUCAAACUGGCCUCCUUUAGACUAGUUAAGUAUCUGGAGCAUCAGCAUUUAUGGGUUCGAUUACAGGCCAGAAACAAAGACCUUUCUUCUGAAACUCAGUCUCUUCUUGUUCUGAGAAAUAAAGGCUAUUCCAUGGGAGAAAUUGCCAAGAAACUGAAGAUCUCGUACAACGCUGUGUACUACUCCCUCCACAGAACAGCGCAAACUGGCUCUAACCAGAAUAGAGAGAGUGGGAGGCCCCGGUGCGCAACUGUGCAAGAGGACAAGUACAUUAGUGUCUAGUUUGAGAAACUGAUGCCUCACAAGUCCUCAACUGGAAGCUUCAUUAAAUAGUACCCGCAAAACACCAGUCUCAACGUCAACAGUGAAGAGGUGACUUUGCUGAGAACGCUACCUGCCCACAUGCAUAGUGCCAACUGUAAAGUUUGCUGGAGGAGGAAUAAUGGUCUGGGGCUGUUUUUCAUGGUUCAGGCUAGUCCCCUUAGUUCCAGUGAAGGGAAAUCGUAACGCUACAGCAUGCAAUGGCAUAGACGAUUCUGUGCUUUUUACUUUUUGGCAACAGUUUGGGGAUAGCCCUUUCCUGUUUCAGCAUGACAAUAAAAUAAAACUUUAUCGUCCAUCCAGGAUGGACAUUUUCCUUUGGCAUCACCUUCAUUAAAAUAAUCACAUACACAUACAUUCUCACAUCAUACACAUUUAAACCAGUCAGUCCAUCAUGUUGCAUACAGUAACAACAUAGAGGACAUUAAUUCACUCACAAAUGACCACUGUCCUAACUGCACUCGAUAGUUAAGUACAUAUACCGAUACAAUUUACUUUGCAUUUAGUAGUUCAACAGCACAAAGAAUGAAUGAAUGUUUCUUGGCUGCCCCUGUGCACAAAGCGAAGUCAAUACAGAAAUGGUUUGUCGAGAUCCGUGUGGAAGAACUUGACUGGCCUGCACAGAGCCCUGACCUCAACCCCAUCGAACACCUUUUGGAUGAGUUGGAACGCCGACUGCGAGCCAGGCCUAAUCGCCCAACAUCAGUGCCCGACCUCACUAAUGCUCUUGUGUCUGAAUGGAAGCAAGUCCCCGCAGCAAUGUUCCAACAUCUAGUGGAAAGCCUCCCCAGAAGAGUGGAGGCUGUUAUAGCAGCAAAGAGGAGACCAACUCCAUAUUAAUGCCCAUGAUUUUGGAAUGAGAUGUUUGACCAGCAUACUUUUGGCCAUGUAGUGUAUUUAUACCAGCAUUUCCUUAGAAAGUUUACACCAACACUGGUAUGUUGAAAGCUAUACGUAAAGAAAUACACUUUUAGUAAAAUACAAAUAUAUGUAAUUGGAUUACUUGUCUACACAACUUAAGUUAGUCUAUUGAGCUGAGCAAUGGGUUUAAUAAAGAGUGCUGGUGAGUCCUUACUCCACCCACUCCAUUCACUGCAAUGCAAUACACCGCAUAUGAGUUACAUAUUGGCAUAUAGAGAAAAAAUAUAAUGCCACUGUAAAAGUGGAGUAGGGAUUACUCAAUAUGGUCUGUAGAAUCUAAAUAGGGUUUUAUUUCUUGGGGGACUGAGUCUACAUACCCAGACAGCAUUUUUACUCCACCCAUUCCAAUAGUCCCAACACAAUACACUGUAGGCCUAUAAAUUACAUAUUGGCUUAGAGGGGGGGGGAAAGACUGCCGAUGUUCAUUGUGUCCAAUGGAAUGGGUGUAGUAAAAUGCCAGCAACACUCCAUAUUAUUCAAUGCCCGUGAAAUUAUUCCAUACAGAUUCUACAGACCCUACUGAGUACUCCCAACCCCACUUUUACAUUGGCACAAAAUAUAUUUUUUUCACUUUAAGACCAAUAUUGUCAACAUACCAGUCUGAACAUUGUAUUUUUCAAGUAGCCUUAAAAUAAUGUUUUAAACAUUUAACAAAUAUUCCAUACAUUCUUUCUUGCAUUUGAAGCACAAUAAAAAUUGACCUUGAUUAAAA